AUGGCGGACGCAAAGAUUCAAGAACUGCUCGCCAAGCCGCGUCAAGAACUCACCGAGUUCGAAAUCGCACAACUCGAAGAACAUGAAUUCACCUCCGGUCCGCUCUCGAUCCUCCAAACUGCCGUACGCUCGCACACCCAAGUCCUCAUCUCGUGCCGCAACAACCGCAAGCUGCUGGCGCGUGUUAAGGCAUUUGAUAGGCAUUGCAAUAUGGUGCUCGAGAAUGUAAAGGAGAUGUGGACGGAGACGCCGAGGAACAGUAGUGGGAAGAAAGGGAGACCGGUUAACAAGGAUAGGUUUAUUAGUAAGAUGUUCUUGAGAGGCGAUUCCGUAAUCCUCGUUCUUCUCAGUUGA